AUGUCGACCGACGUCGUGAGCGACGUAGCGCCUCUAGAUCCUGGGGCUCCCGCUUCCCAGUCCCAGGGAUCAGGACCCAGCUCUGACCCUCAACCAAAUGCACAUGCAGCAGGUCCUGCUCCGACACCAGUCUCCAAUCAACAUGCCACCGGCCCUGAGGACCAGAUCGAAUGUGCAAAGCCGACUGCUGCCGUAUUUUUGAACUCGCCGCCCGAUAGUAACAAUGCGACCAAGUCCGAUACUAGCGACUCGGAGCUGAGCGAACUUGAAGAAGAACCAACGCUCGACGAUGCACCAUCCGCACCCACGCCCCAACCUGCGUCUGCAUCUGCACCUGCUGCGCCUGAGGCUACGACUAAUUCUGUGCAUUCGCCAACUGAGAGGCCCGAGGGAGCAAAAGAAGAAGACGAAGAGGACAUCGGAGAAGUACUUCCCGACGACUGGUCUGGCGCAGUCCCCAUCUUUCGCCCAACAUGGCACCAAUUCAAGGAUUUCCAGAAAUUCAUGAAAAAGGUUGACCGCUAUGGCAUGAAAUCCGGCAUCAUCAAGAUCAUCCCUCCAAGGGAAUGGAAAGAUGCCCAGCCCCCCUUGGACGAACUUGUCAAGCACAUCCGAGUUCGAGAACCCAUCAAGCAAGAUAUCAUGGGAUCCAAUGGUACAUACCGUCAAGUCAAUAUUCUUCAUGGCCGGUCCUACAAUGUUCCACAGUGGCGACAACUCUGUGGACAGAGCGAGCACCAGCCUCCCGCCAGACGCGGUGAACGCCGAGCCAAUGCCGAUAAGCUCAAGCCAGCUAGGUCGAGAAAUGUCGUCUCAAAAGAGCCCAAACAAUCAACCCCAAAGAAGCGUGGUAGGGGCCGACCAGCCAAGAACAAGGGCAAAAAGAGGUCAGAUGAUGGGGAUGAACGUCCCAUGACUCCUGUCUCGCCCAAGCCAGAGCCUGAGGAAGAGAAAGACAAGGCUGUUGACUCCAUUGAGCAGGAACUCGAGGAAGAUGUCCAAGAAGAUGACGAGCCCACUGUUGGCAGGAUGGGCGGUCAAAUGGGCGGCGCUAAAACACCUAAACCCAAGACGCAGUCUGUGUCGGCUCGUCGCAAGUACAGCCGACGCGAGGGAUCCACCAUGAUUGACGAGGCAGCGUUCAAAGAUUUCGAUUAUCGUAUGGAUAUUUCCGAGUUUACCCCGGAGCGAUGCGAAGAACUGGAACGAGCAUACUGGAAGACUCUUACCUAUGCCGCGCCGUUGUAUGGGGCCGACAUGAUGGGCACCCUUUUCGAUGACCGAACAGACACUUGGAAUCUUAACAAGCUUCCGAAUCUGUUGGAUGUCCUUGGUACAAAAAUCCCUGGAGUCAACACGGCAUAUCUCUACUUAGGCAUGUGGAAAGCUACCUUUGCCUGGCAUCUCGAAGAUGUGGAUCUUUACAGCAUCAACUAUCUUCAUUUUGGUGCGCCCAAGCAGUGGUAUAGCAUUUCUCAGGCUGACGCUCGUCGAUUUGAAGGUGCCAUGAAGAGCGUGUGGCCUGCUGAUGCUAAAGCGUGCAACCAGUUUUUGCGGCACAAGGGCUUUUUGAUUUCUCCCCAUCACUUGCUGCAACAUUACGGAAUCAAGGUGAAUAAGGUGGUGUCGUACCCCGGCGAGUUUGUGGUGACAUAUCCUUACGGCUACCAUUCGGGUUAUAAUCUGGGCUACAACUGUGCCGAGGCCGUCAAUUUCGCCCUAGACACUUGGCUGGAGAUGGGCAAAAUUGCCAAGAGAUGCGAAUGCGCACAAGCUCAAGACAGUGUCUGGAUCAAUGUUUACGAAAUUGAGCGGAAACUUCGCGGGGAGGAAACAGAAUAUGAGGAGACCGAGGACGAGGACGACGAGGACGACGAGGAUCUAUCUGGCUUGCCCACGCCGCCAGCGACCAACGGUGUUAAGUUCAAGGAUGCAAGCAGGAAGAGAAAACGAGGUCCAGGUGAAAAGAAGACCAGAGUUAAGAGGGUCAGGCUACGACUCAAGGCUAAAGUGGAACCACCAUGCUGCCUCUGCCCCAACGACAUUUCCCAUUUUGACAUCCUUCCCACAGACGAUGGUCGCAAGGCUCACAAGCUAUGCGCCCUUUACAUCCCUGAAACGUACAUAGAUUCUGUGGAUGGCAAGGAGGUCAUCUGCAACGUUGAAAGCGUGCAUAAGGAUCGACUGAAUCUCAAGUGCUUACUCUGCCGCUCGAGACGCGGUGCUUGCUUCCAGUGCUCUCACCAGAAAUGUGCAAGGGCCUAUCACGCUACGUGCGCGGCUGCGGCUGGCGUUUUUGUCGAAGAUCAAGAUAUUCCUGUCUUUGGAGAAGAUGGUAUGGAGUACAAGGAGCAAGCUUUCGAGUUCAGUUGUCGGUUCCACCGAGUGAGGCGGGACAAGAAGACGGAUGGCGACGCCCUGGAAAUGGACACCAACAUUCGAAGCGCAGCCAAGGAGCUCAAGACGGGCGAAAUUUGCCAAUUUCAGUACCUCAAGGGUGAAAUCUUUGCCGGUGUCAUUGUCGAAAACCGCCUGCAGGACGAGACUCUCUUAAUCGAUCUACUUCCUCCGGGUGACCGGUUGGAAGUCGAAUGGAAGUGGCUGGUUCUGCCAGAUCCUGCCGAUUACCACCUUCCGAAGGCAUCAGCAAAGGCUUUGCCCAUGCCAGCUUCCCGCAAGGCCAAGGAUAAACUCAAUACCAAGAGAAUUCAUGCCGAUAAACCAAGAAAGGAUGACUUGUUUGCCGAAGGCUACAGAUGGGCAGAGUUUGAGCUUUAUGAAGCUUCAAACAAGGGACAAGCUAAAGUCGACUUCAACAAGCAAGAUCAGAUUUGGCACUAUAUCGGCAAGACAUCGACAGAGGCGAGGGCACAGUAUACAGAGGACCCUACACAGCAGCGUCACAAUCCCAAGAGCAACUUUUUGGAUACGAUACCCAAGCCUCCCAGGCCAGCCCCUACCUCCAAGCCCAUGUACAACCACCAGUCAUACCUUGCCAAAGCCUUGGCUUACUCUUACAGUCUUGCGGGCAACUACGCCGCGGCAAACGAGCAAGUUUCAUUCGAAAAGCCUUAUAUAUAUAAACCCCGAAAGCCGGCUGAGGCUAAUUUCACGAAGCCCACGACGUUUGCGAAUCAAGGCUUCGCUGCUACCCAUACAUCUUCAGUUGGCUCAGCACCAGUAUUCCACACUUACGAUCAUCAAACGGCGAACUUUCGACCGCAACCCACAUUGACACACAGCACGCCGCAGAACCAGAAUGCGGCACCUGUGGAAAUCAUGCACUACGUUCAGAUGCCCCAGGCGGCAGGAAACUCAUUACCUCAAAGCCGCCAGCCUGCUUACCAAAAGCCUGCCAACACACCAUCUGUUCAACAUAGCAAGCCUGCAUGGCAAGUCCACUCGUCGGUGUAUCAAAAAUACCCCUUCUUUCAAGUGAAUUACAAUCGGGAUUCAUCUAGAUAUCGGACUCCAUACUCUCCGUGGGGUGGCUUUACGAAUGGAUAUGAAGGAAACCUUCGGGCACAUUUGAUGGCAACCCAGCACAAUUCAAUACAAUAUUCGACAUUUGGUGGGACUCCUGGACCCCAAGGGCAUGUGCAACAAGUGCAACAAUCACCGGUAGGGCAGCCAAUACACCCAGUGCACCAAAUGCACCAAGCACAGCAAGUUCAGCAGUCGUCACUCCCGCAGGCACCUAAGCCCAAGCCAGCGCCAGCGCCAGCGCCAGCGGCAAAGCCCUUCAAGGUUGGACUUCCCGCUGCUAUUCAUCUCUCCCUACAAACGACUAAACCAGCUAUGCAGGUUCCAGCAAAGGUGUCUCCAGUGCCAUUGCCACCAAAUGUUCUCGCUGCCAUGGCCAAGGCUUCCGAAAGCCAACAAGCACCAAGACCGGAGCCAAAGCUGCUGAAGGAUGAAUCUCAGCCAACACAGACGCACUCGGUGGAGCCUACACCGCCAUUAAAUCAGCCAUCUGUAAAGCCGUCCGGGUCUGAACCGACGUGGGCAAAUCAACCGCAACCUGCUUUCCCAGCCACUCCUGUUGCGCAACAACAGCACCAUGGACGAGACAACUCGUUAACGCCAGUGGGACUAACACCGCAAGAGUUUACUGAUGUCCCUGGUUCAGAAUCUAUGCAAUUUGUGGAACGGAUGAUGCAGAACUUGCGCAGAGCCUCCAUGAAUGGAGGGACGGACAGGACGGACAUUUAA